AUGGGAAAUCCAACGCCCCCUCCAACAACGAAGCAAGUUGAUCACGCGACCACUGUCAUCAAACCGAACACUGAAGAUGGAGAACUUUCAACUUAUCAGUCACCAAAAAGGUCUUUUCGUUCCUUUAUUUGGGAUACAGAUACGCAUUUGAAGUCCUCCGAAGAGAGACGUCUUCUCCUCAAGCUAGAUGCGGCGAUUCUCAGUAUUGGCUGUCUAGGGUUCUUCAUGAAAUACCUAGACCAGGGUAAUCUUUCUAACGCAUAUGUCUCAGGCUUACAAGAAGCCCUUUCAAUGUACGGCAACGAGUACACAUAUGCCCAAACGGUUUAUACUGUUGCAUACGCUGCGAUGCAAAUCCCCAGCACGCUUAUCAUUCAGCGUGUUCGGCCCAGUGUCUGGCUUGCAUCCAUGGAACUGGGCUGGGCCAUUUUCACUUUUGCGCAAGCCGGUAUGCAUAAUGUUGGCGAGUUAUAUGCAUUUAGGUUUCUGGUUGGUUUCUUUGAAAGCUCGUUUUUUCCCGUUCUGCUUUACGUGCUUGGAAGCUGGUAUACGAAGACGGAGUUGGCGAAGAGAAUUGCAUUGUUUCAUAUGACUGCACCGUUGGGGUCUGCUUUUGGUGGAUAUUUGCAGGCUGCUGUGUACAAGAAUAUGAAUGGGGCUCAUGGUCUUGCUGGGUGGAGAUGGCUGUAUCUCAUUUGUGGGGUGAGUCGAUGUAUGUCGAUUUCAAAGGCUGAACUAAUAAAAACUCUGCAGUGUAUGACGCUUCCCGUUGGACUUGCUACAUACUUCUUGCUUCCUGAUACACCAUAUACCACCCGUGUAUGGUUCCUCUCCAAAAGUGAACGGGAACUUGCAAAAGACCGUGUUCUGAAAGCCGGCAAGGCAGCACCAGUGAAGAUAACCUUAGGAACAUUCAAAAAAAUUCUUGGCUCGUGGAAGUGGUAUGCGUUUGUCCUAGGAUAUGUGGUAAGAUUUCUACACCUGCUGCCUGAGAUUAUAUGGAGUCAUUUCUCACAUUUCUAG